AUGGCAUUCUUCUAUCCUCGAACUGUCUACCACUCCCAGCCCUCUUUCACGCCUAUAUUUCAUCUCUUCAAUGGUCGCAGCAGCCAAUGCGAGCCCCGUCGCGUUCGCAACACUCGCUAUGUCUACCGGCAGCCAGUUCGUCCUUGGCUCCCCAGAUUUGAGGCCAAGGAAACUGGCGAUGCCUACGUGGUUCUUGGAGAUCUUCCGGGCCUUAGCAGAGAACAAGUUUCCGUCGAAUUCCCAGAAGCCCAGAAACUGGUAAUCCGUGGAACUACCGAGCGCCGUGCGCCACAAACUUCGAACCCGGAUCAAGCCACAUCAGAGCCCACAUCCGAGCCUGCAGUUGAGGCCAUCACCGAAUCCACACCCGCACCCGCGACCGCGACCGCGUCCAUCGAUGACAAUGACGACGUGUCCUCCGUCACCACAGAGGCCUCACAAGAAGCUAAGAGCGUGAGCUCCUACCAGGCCACUGUCGAAGAUGCAGACGAUGACGACUUUGAAAUGGUCGACGCGUCCCCCGAGAAACCCAAGGAGCAGGAGAAGAAGCCUCAGGCCAAGCGAGAGGAGGUGCAACCAACCCCUGAACGGGAGCCAUCUCCUUCGCCUCAACCACAGGAGCAGGCUCAGGCACCAGUGCCCGCUGUCCCAGAACUCCAGCCCGCCCACCCAGAGCAGAGCAGGGUCCGGCGAUUUGCCCGCACGCUUAACUUCCCUGACGGAGUUGAACUUGACUAUGACGCUGUCACUGCAGAUCUCAAGGACGGUCUUCUCCGCAUUGUUGUUCCCAAGAUCAACCGAUCCGAGCCACGACGCGUUGCAAUUUUAUAG